AUGGAAAGGCUGAAGACUAAAAGAACGAGCCGACGCGCGCAAAACACAAGACUCAUCAACGAGGCAAAUGCUCUCUUACAAAAUCAAGAUUCAACGAUUAGCCAGAUUACCACCGUGGCCGAAAGAUUGCGCGCCAAUAACGAUGAGCUCAGGAGGUUGAACGAAGAGUUUGAGGGACACAUACCAGAUGGUUCGUUCGAAACCGAAUUUCAGGCAGUCGUCCAAUACGAAGAUGAAGCGACUGCCACCAUCAGUGCCCUCCAAUGCAGAAAAGAUCUCCUAGAUGAGAUAUCGUCUCGAGGGGCCUCUAGGAAACCUAAUCGUCACCCGAACGACACCCAAGGCAGCAGACAAGCUGGAACUAGGUUACCUAAGCUCACCAUUACGCCAUUCAAGGGUGAAAUAUCAAAGUGGUCAGCGUUCUGGGAACAGUUCGAUGAAACAAUUCACAAGAACGCCAGUCUGUCCACCAGCGAAAAGUUCGGCUACCUUCGAAUGUACUUGGGCGGAGAAGCGGAAGCAGCUGUGGCUGGAUUACCAAGGACAGAGACUUGCUACGCGGAUGGAAUUGAGAUCCUCAAUCGCCGUUUUGGAGACAAGAAACGAUUGGAGCAGGAAUAUUUCUCCAGUCUGAGGUUGAUUUCACCUGUCAAGUCAGCCAACGAUACCUCAGGUCUACGAACGAUGUUCGACCAGGUGCAAAUCAAUAUACGAGGCCUCCAGACCUUUGGUGUAAAUAAGUCAAGUUUUUCGUCGAUGCUCUGCGAUAUUUUGAUGCGAGCUCUUCCACGUGACAUCGUCGUGAACUACAACAGAACCGCUCAUUUGUCUGCGGCAACUGCCAUGCCUGGCCCAAGCAGCCAGCCUGACCGCUCAGAACUGGAUCGACUACUUGAUUUUCUAGCUAUCGAAGUCGAAAGUCGGGAGAAAAGCGAGUUUAAGAUCACAGAAACGAAGAACACAAAGACAACAAGAUAUGAGGACAACAUAGCUCGACGUGAAUCGUCUAGACCGACCUCAUCGGUGCUCUACAACAGACCCUCACCACAUAAAACGAGAUGCUGUUUCUGCAACGGAACAAGCCAUAGUUCUGGAGACUGUUCUUCCUCUCUUCCCCUGGACCAGAAGAAACAGCGUUUGACAAACGAGAUGAGAUGCUUCAGAUGCACUCUCAGUGGCCAUCGAGCAAGAGACUGCAGACAAAAGAUCAGCUGUGCCACAUGCGGUGGAAGACACGCUAAGUCCAUGUGUGACCCGACGCGGAUCAAAGCUAAAGAAGGUAAAUCGGACACACAAAACAGCAUGACGGUUUGUACUACAUCAAUUCCCCGAGAAUUCAGAGAGUCCGGAGUGGUACUUCUGCAAACCUUCCGGGCAUGGGCUGUCAGCGGUACCUCAUGUAGGUAUGUUAGAGGUGUUAUCGACGGAGGCAGCCAACAGACGUUUGUCACCGAGGAUCUGUCAAGACACCUUCAGCUUAAGUGCGUUGGCUACACCAAGAUGGCGCUCAACACGUUUGCUUGUGCUUCAACUCAACAGUGCAAGAAGCGUCGUGUAGUGGAGCUUGAAGUUAGAAGCCAAUUCAACAUGGACGGAUGCAAGAUCGAAGCGAUCGAAAUCCUAGUGAUAUGUCAAGACAUAGCUACCUUAACGACAGAUUCAGUCUUCGUAGCUGACAGGGAGAAAAAUGGAAAGUUUAUUGCCGAUCGCCUCAUGUUUCCAGCGGUUGCCGCACAACCAGGCAUCAGUAUUUUCAUUGGCUCUGACCAAAUGUGGGGCUUUAUGACUGGUGAAGUCACUCGGAGUAAGACCUGCAGCACCCUUGUUGCAUUAAACACAAAGCUUGGUUGGACCUUCCAAGGACGGACAUCCAUCCUGAAGUCGCAAAAAACCCACUCGAACUUGGUCGUCUGUGUCCUGCAGAUCACCGGUACAGAACAGGUUGAAGGCGCUCUCCGAUCAUUCUGGGAGUUAGAAAGCCUGGGAAUCACAGAUUCAGAAGACCAGAUGUCCGAAACAAGCCAAGUGAUGCGCCAUUUCGAGCAGAACAUUCGCCGGUCUGGCACACAGUACGAAGUGGCACUGCCGUGGAAGGACAAUAUAGGUGUCCUUAAGGACAACAAGCAAGUAGCGAUGACGAGACUGAGGAAACCAAAACUAUGGGCGAGAGGAAUCACUUGGGACAGUGCUCUAGCCGAGAAUCUGAACAACGAAUGGCACGAAUGGUGUGGUGACCUGUCAAAGAUGGAUGCACUCGUCAUCCCCAGAUUCGUAUUCCAAGCAGGACAGGGCAAGGACACCCAGAUUCAUAUUUUCUGCGACGCAAUCCCAACUGCCUAUGGAGCUACAGUGUACGUAACAACGAAGUCCUCGCCACCUGAACAACCUACACUUUUAUUGGCAAAAGCACGGGUUGCUCCAAUCAAGAAACAAACUCUUCCUCGCCUGGAACUUAUGGGAGCCGUCAUCACAUCGAGACUCCACAAAUAUCUUGAGAAGACCAUCUCAUGCAUUCCGUAUGACUAUACGUUGUGGACGGAUUCUCUCAUCACACUUGCAUGGAUCAAGAGCGACCCCAGCAAGUGGAAGACUUUCGUGUCCAACCGAGUUGCAGAAAUACAAAGGGACACCGAUCCUUCUCAUUGGAGGUACUGUCCGGGAAGUGACAAUCCAGCGGAUUUGCUUACCCGUGGCAUCACAGGUUCUCGACUGGUGUCGAGUGAUUUAUGGUGGUCAGGACCAAAAUGGUUGACUGAAAACGAAAAUGAAUGGCCUGAUUUGAGGUCGAGUAACGAAGUAGAGACUGACUUGUUGAAAGAAGAGGGAAAAGCAGUUCAUGUGAUAUUGCAAACAACACCACCUGAACCGCUGUUGGAUCUGACAAAGUACAGCGAACUCCAUCGGGCUUUAAGAGUGACUGGUGCCUUCGAUUUCUGA